GCCGAGCGGUCGUCGAAGGUGGGGCUGCGAUCUGCUCGUCUCUUGGUGGAGCGGAUGGCCGGGACCAGGCAGGCAGGAACGUCGCGGCUGUAGGAUCAGCUAAGCCGUCCAUCCACCCUUCAGCUCUCUUCUCUAUAAACCGCCUUCUUAAGCACCCAGCGGCGAGACCUGACUGCAAGAACGAGAGAGAGAGAGAAGAAGAAGAAGAAGCAGAAGAAAUAGAAGAAGAAGAAUAUAGAAGAGGAAGGAAAAGAAGACAGAGGAAGGAGAAGAAGAAAAGGAGGAGGAGAAGCUAAGAAAAGUUAAGAGAGAAAACGGAAUGAAGUUGCCCAGCAGGUGCAUAACGGCAGGAUGUCCUCCCCUGAGGGUCAUAUACAUGUUAUUAAUAGUGGUCCUGGUUAUCGAAAGCGUCUUAGCUCUCAAGACUCCAGACGAAACUAUGAAGCUUUCGAAGGAAGAUCUGCAGUUUCUGUUUGGAGAUAAAGAAGCCCCACCCCACUCCAUCAUCAACAUCCGCACUCGCCCUCGAGAAAAACGCUCCUCCUCCACGCUGACCGAUAACCCGGGUCUCCUCGAUGUCGUCCUUGAAGACGAGGAGGACCAGAUCGAGUUCGAACUCCACCCUAACAGCCUCCUAGUGUCGCCUCACUUCACCCUCGUGGUCCGGGGCGACGAAGGGGUGACGGAGGAGAGGGGAGUCGCCCUUCCCUCGUGCAUUUACGUCGGGGAGGCCAAGGGGAACCCGCAGACGACGGCGGCGCUCUCCAACUGCGACGGACAUGGCUUCACUGGCGUGAUCGUGUCCACCAACUACACCCAUCUGGUGAAGCCCCUGAACAGGAAGAGGAGGCGGCGACGGCAGGUGGGCGUGGCAGGAGAAGACGAAAUGACACCGGAUGGGCUGCAUGUCAUCCACGCUCGGCAGAAGGAUGCCAAAUGCGCCGUGUUUAACUUACAAGCGAUGAGAGCUCCACGAAUAAUUGUUAAACUAGACGACGUCGCCGAGGGAGAAAGUAACUCGACAGGAGACAGUACAGACACAAGAACGCCUGAAGACAAAGAAGAUGAUGACAUGAAGGAAGCGGAUGAAAGAGGAGAGACAACGAAUGGCACACGAAACUCCCGUUCGAAAAGGGCAUCCAGCGAGAAGUACCAGAUAGAAACGGCGGUGUUCGUGGAUGACGAAAUGUUCAACGUCAUCAAGGAACAGAAUCCCGGAGCAGACACGGUCCAGACGGUCACAGAUGUGGUUUUUGCCAUCAUGAAUGGGGUCCACCUCCUGUACAACGCACCCACUCUGAAUCUCCACUUCACCAUCACCCUCGUGCGCCUCGAGAUCAUCAAAAGCGCCACGAAAGGUCCUUCUAAAUCAAGCGGGGACAUACAGAGGUACCUGAGCAACUUCUGUUACUGGCAGAGGAACCUCAACCGGCGGACAAACCCCCUGGGAGAUCAUUCCCCCGAGUUUUGGGACCACGCGCUCAUGCUCUCGGGACUCGACCUGUGGGAUAUGCAGCCGGAGUUCGAUUCCGUUAUAGGACUAGCUUGGGUGGCAGGGAUGUGUCACCCUACAUACUCCUGCACCAUCAACGAAGGCACAAGUUUUGAAGCCGUUUACGUCAUCACACACGAAAUGGGCCACAAUCUCGGUAUGUCCCAUGACGGGUCGGCGGAGGACCAGAAUAAGUGUAGUGCCGAUAAGCAUAUCAUGUCUUCUUCGACUGGGCCAGGAAAAGUGACUUGGUCCUCCUGUUCCAACGAAGAACUGAAGGACUUCAUCGAGAACAGCGACUUCCCCCUCUCUUGCCUCGACGACUUAGCCCGGGGACCUCGUGAGCUCGAUUUUCACGACGACCUGCUGCCUGGCGAACGGUAUACUGUCACCCAGCAAUGCACCUUCGCUCUUGGCUCCUCCUUCAAGCCCUACGUGACGUCGAAGAAUCCCUAUAAUAACGUAUGCCGGGAGGUCUGGUGCCAAAACACAACCCAUGCCAUGAGGACCCAUCCGGCACUUGAAGGCACUUCUUGUGGCAUCAAAAAGUUUUGUGUGAACGGAGCUUGUACCGACAAACCCGAAAAAGCGGUCAUGGUGCCAACCACGACCCCAGGUACUACCCGCACGACCAGCACCACCACGACCCUGCCUACUACGACUGUGUCCAAUAAGAAGAAAGUCACCAGCUUCUUCGGCAGAAUACGUGACUUGUUCAGGAGGUACCUCUCCCUCAGAAGUGAAAUGCCACGCUCUGUCUUCCUCCUGUCCUCCUGGAAGCUGACUAACCGAACGGGCUGCACAGCGGAAUGCGGAGGCGGGUGGGUCGAGGGGCAAGUGGCCUGUGCUGCCAACGAGGGUAACGUUAUUCUGGAGGACGACAUGUGUGACCCUCUCUCUCGUCCUGCGGUGCGGGAGGUCUGCAACGUCGCUCCUUGCGUAGGCACAUCCGGGUCAACCACUCCGAAGUUACCCUCGUCUUAAUUAACCGGUUAUUGAGUUCCUAAUCAAGCUUCUUUGGCGCGUGUACUUUUGGUAGUCUGGAAGAGUUAUCGGUUGUGAGUUGUUGUUUAGUUGUCAUGGCAACGACGUUGAGGAAUCUGGGGGUUCAAUUAUCUAUUCUGUUAUUAUUAUUUUGCUAUUGUUUUCAUUGUCAAAGUGUGAAUCAUCUCUCGCGCCGAUUUACAAAUCUCCGCAAAAUACGAUUACAUCUUUGAAUCAUUUUACCAAAACCGUUUCAGCUUUUCGAAACACAGUGACUUUAAAUCGUCAUUGCCAUGUAAUCCGCAAAAUCUCUUCAGGUACUUCACUGAAAUCAUCCUAGGAAUUACUGAUUCCUGUUUCUUUUUGCACCCGCCAAAAAUCUGUCAUUUUUGAUGUGCUUUAUAAUUAUUAUUAACACUACUACUGUUUUUUAUUUCUGGGCUAAUGGCAUUCUCAUUAUUAUUAUUAUUAUUAUUAUUAUUAUUAUUAUUAUCAUCUUGUUUUCAUUAUCAGUUGUUCUAAUGCCAUGUCUAAAACAACCCUCUAAUUUUCGUUCGAUUAACUUCACCACCAAUGAUCAUCACAAUCAUUAUCACCAUCAUCACCAUCUCAGACAUUACAGCUUUAAAAUAGUCUCAUCGAUAGUUAUUGUGAUAUAAACUUUGGCAUUGAUAGAGGCCCCUGGAAGAAAAUAGAAGUAUUUCACACAGAGACUCCGUCCGUACUUUGUGAUAUGUAGCGUUAGUUUUGUGUGGCCUUCGUUCUUGUUAGAAAUACGCUGAAUCUGCUGUUAAUUUUAUCA